UGUACCUCCCAACCAAUGAGGUACCACCUCCUGUGGAGGAGGCAGAGCUGUGCAGUGGAGCUAAAGUGCUCAGUUUGUUAUGAAAUGCUACCUGGAGUGUCACAUCUUGGAAGAUAAUGGCAGCACUAACCUCAGCGUAUCUGAUCAUCUUGAGCUACACUGGUGGGUUAAUGCAUCAAUUUAUCAUUAUGAGUGACCACUGCACUCCUGAUUUUGACUUUCAAGAAAGUUGGAUCUCGUUUGAUUAUGAAAAGUGCGAUAAUGAUGAAGUUAUUCAAAUCAAGGCAUGUACUAUGAAUUCAUUGUGUUCCAUAACGUCUGCACACUUGCACUGCGAUUGCAAUAAAAAUAAUGGAGGCAAUGCGAGUCAAUUCUGUGACGAGAUUCAACAGCACUUUAUCAACGAUACGAUUGUUUUGAACAGUAAAUUGUGUCCACCUGGGUACUACACUAAUAUAAGAAAGUUCUACAUCGACUUUGCUUGUGACACGACUGAACACUUUUCAAUUAACGUUUGUACUGUAAAUAUAAGGUGCUUCACUGAUCCCAAGAUGUACUACUGUACCUGUAAGAGCCAAUACACACCAGCCAUCAUGCAAAGAAGCCGAACCUUACCCCUGUGCAGAGAUGUUAAUGAAUGUCUUCAAGAUCCGUGUAAUCCUCAGGAGAUCUGCACAAAUACACCUGGAAGUUACACCUGUGCCAACAAAACAUGCAUCGACAUGAACCUAUUCAACACAUCGCAAUGCAGCCUUAUUCACUGGGACAAGCAGACACAGUUGCCCUGGAAUUCAUUCCACCAGUAUUGUUCCGUGAUUAAUUCACUUGUUACAUUAGUGAAUGAACAGUGCCAGAACCAGAAUGAUAAGUUUAUAAUGCAGAAAGUAAUUUCAACUGGAAGUGAUCUUCUCAAUAAAGAUUCCCUGUGGGACAAAUUAGAAAAUGAACAGCGAUUCUAUUUGGCUUCUGUGUUCCUGCAGUCUGUGGAAAAUGCUGUAAUCGGUGCCACUCUGAGUUUACCAGAUCAAGGAAGGACAAAUAAGUCAACUAAAAAUAUCGAUGUGGAAAUACAAAAUCUUCAAGGAACAAACACUUCAGCACCUGAGAUUAUAAAGCUACAGGCAAAAGGAAACUUUGUGGAUAUUGAUCGGAGUACAAUCACUGGAAAUAAAGCAUCUGAUAUUACUGCUGUGGCAUUGAUUGCCUACAACAGCAUGGACUCCAUCCUCACAGGGUGUGCCUUCAACACCGGCACAUCAAGUGGACAUUUGACGUCAUCUCAUUUGGUCUCAAAUGUGGUUUCAGCUGUGAUAACGAACAGACAGAGCCAUGGACCUAGAAUGAUGUUUAACUUCACAUUCAGGCACACAAAGGUACCUAUUGAUGGUUGGGACUUGCACUGUGCCCACUGGAAUUACAGAACUGGAGAAAGUUACUGGUCUACCAGAGGAUGCAGCUUGCAAGAUUCCAAUGGAACACACACACACUGUCAGUGCAACCAGAUCUCCAACCUCGCUCUGCUGAUAGCGCCUUUUGAAUGGAAGAGUGAACCAUAUGCCCUAAGUAUAAUUACAUACAUUGGGAUCCCUGUAUCACUCGUGUGUCUCAUUGUGACGAUUGCAACCUUAGCCUUUUGUGACCAGCAUAAGAGUGCUAUAGCUAUCACGCACAUGCAGCUAUGUGUGAGCCUUUUCCUGGCGGAACUGCUCUUCAUAACAGGAGUCAACAGAACCGGACAGCGGGUCCUGUGUGGGGUUAUAGCUGGAUUUUUACAUUACUUGUUCCUGUCAGCAUUUGUAUGGAUGUUUUUGGAAGGAAUCCAGCUCUACCUGAUGGUCAGAAACAUCAAGAAAUUAAGAGUUCCCUAUUCAGAGAAAAUUGGGAAGUACAUGUACGCAUUUGGCUAUGGAAUUCCUGCAGUAAUUGUGGCCAUUUCUGCUGGAGUGUAUCCUGAAGGCUAUGGAUCACCCAACAACUGCUGGCUACGAAAGCAGAAGAGAUUCAAUUGGAGCUUCCUGGGUCCUGUGUGUGUAAUAAUUGGGAUCAAUACAAUUCUGUUCCUGAUAACACUCUGGACUUUAAAAAAAGAAAUUUCCCAACGUGAUAUUGCAGUGUCAAAACUUCAAGACACAAGGAUGUUGGCGUUUAAAGCCAUCGCACGGGUGUUUAUUCUGGGUUGCAGCUGGAUCCUUGGCUUGUUUCACUUUGGGGAAGAAACCAUUGUGAUGGCGUAUUUAUUCACCAUUGUCAACAGUUUCCAGGGCACCUUCAUCUUCAUCAUCCUCUGUUUGUUAAAUUCCAAGGUGAAAGCCCAAUGCAAGAAGUGGUUUUCCAUGAUGUGCAAGGCCAGGAAGAUAAUUUCGCCCAAGAACAUUGCCACGAUAACUCCUCAUCCAAACUGAAUGAGUGCCGAGCAGUGAUAGUGUUCUACUCUAAACUCGUGUGUGACAGAGACCCUGCAGAUGAAGAAGUGAAGACCAUCAUCAUCUUUGGCGCACAGAUGAGGAUGAACCUCACAAAGAUACUUGCAGCAAAUGUUUUUGAAAGACCCUGAGUAUUUCAGACAAGAAGCACAUUACUGUGAGUUAUAGCUUCGUAUUAGUCUACAGUUUCAAACAGCUUGGCACAGCUUCUUUGAAACUGCCAACUACUGCUGCCCCAAAGCACAGCAUGAUUAUGGGAGCACAGACACCUCCAGGAAGCACAGUGUCUGACCUUAAAAUGUCUUGGCUGUUUCUUCUUCAAAGUAAGAUCCCGACCUAACAGUAGCUGUGAAAGCUCCAUCAACACACAGGUCUCCAUGGUACAAGGAGAGUGCCAGUCACUGCAUCCUCAAGAGAAACUAGGACUGGGUAAUGAAAGCUAACUUGUAAUGCACUUCUUGCAAUGUGAUUCAUGUUAAGAGGAGCUAUUCACAAAUGGUGUACAAUUAUGGACUGUUUUGACCUUUAUUGCGCAUGCAAUGUAUGGUCACAAGAAUGGGUACUUCUUCUUGAUCUAUCUGUAGAACCUUGGCUCAGUUUAAUAACCCUUUAAAUCUUCCAAGAGGCCGUAACUUCUCAGCCAGUUCCUAAACUCAAGCACAGUUAAGUGCAAAGUUUGCUCUUACAAAUAAAAAUUGACAGAUGGUGCCCUUUGUUUGGGCAACCAUGCAUAUAUUAGCAAUGCCAGUUAGAGUUGGUGCCAUAAUAGAAGAGUACUAGCACAGGAGGAGACAUUCACCAGAAUUAUCAGAGUUGGCAGGUCACAAUCAGCAGGUAUGCUAUUUGGACACCAGCAAUGCCCAAUUGGAGUUCAGAGCUCCUUCUAAUGCCAUGUAUUCCACAUGUAUGGGGAUUAAUUAUUCAGUGGCAGGUGGGUUUGCCCCAAACUUGUGCUAUUUAUAAGGCCAUCAGAUACUUGCAGGUUAGCCUCUUACGGACUGCUAUUGAUGUUACAUUGAUUCUAUGAUGAUGCGGUGCUUCAUCGAUUACUGUAAACCCGGUAAAGUGGACGGGACAAUGGUACGCUGUCUGUUGAAAGAUUCUGUCUCAGCUUCAGCAACAGUAAUCAGUCACAGAAAUGCAAGCAUUAGUAGGAGGAAGGAGAGAAUAGAAAGCAGAAGGCUGAUGCAAUUCAGACAGAUCCUCUUGGAUCAGGCAGUCAGUGAUCAACUUCACUACUUGACCUUAACGCCAUUAAAAAAAAACCCAAUACAACAUAAACAUUCCAAGCCAAACUUGUAUAUCAAAGCGUCCCAAAUAUGUUGCACUGACCUUUGUGUAUUCCCUCAGUGUCUGCCUUCUGUGUACCCUAGCUAGUUCUUGGUGCUCCAGCAUGGGCAAGAUGUAUGAGAAUAUAUGGAUCAUACUUUGUGUAGCAUUGAACUGGGAUAUUAAAUCAGUUUGAAUGUCUACAGAAGCAAUGUUCUUUUUGUCAUUUAUAAUGUUAAGGACCUGGCAUCAUGGUAAAGGUGACAUCUGUAUGAUACUUCCUGGCAAAACCCGGGGUGGGGGGUGGGGGGGGGGGUUAAGUUACGGGAAAUAACACCAUGAUAUGGGGUUAAAUAUCCACAACCUUUCAAGGUUUAUGAAAGGCGUUUCUUAUGAAAAUCCGAAGGUUUGAAAAGAGAGGAAGACCAAAUGAUAAAACUGCUUUGAGAAAGAAAUAUAAAAGUUUUCUAAGUUUCUUAAUUGUUUUUGUAUGUAUCGCUUCACAUCUUGAGUUUUGAACUAAUUUAAACUGUGAAUAUUUCUUCGGUUCGGAUUGAAGUACAUUACAUAAAAUCUGGCUCUCUGAAUUUGUAACCCAUUAUUGGGCAUCAAUAUCUCUAAGUUUCAUGGAAGAAUGAAAGAGACAGAUUUCAAUCUAAGAUUGUACACCUUUCAGUUACAAUUUAGGUUAAAGAUGUAUUAGAAUAUAUGGAUCAUACUUUGUGUAGCA